UAGGCAUACAUACAUCAGUACGGUUGCACGGUUUACUUUCAAAGGAGAACUUUGGGACCUGGAACCCCAUCUCAGACAAAAAUGACAAAUUGGAUAGGUACAGUUGCUGGCAUGAUGGCGAAUACUACUAUCACUGAGUUUCUUGUGGCAUCUGUAGUCUUUGCCAUCGUGUUUCUGGUGAUUAGGUCACAAAGAGUCAAAAUCCCACCAGGAACAAAGAAAUUACCAGGGCCUAUGCCUUAUCCUGUUAUUGGGAAUUUGUUAUCAUUGAGCAAGAAUCCACACCUUAGCCUGACAAGAAUGAGUGAAAACUAUGGUGAUGUGUUCCAGAUCCAGAUAGGCACAAAGCCUGUGUUAGUCCUUAGUGGGCUGGAGACUCUCAAGCAAGCUCUGAUACGACAGGGUGAUGAGUUUGCUGGACGUCCAGACCUCUUUACUUUCCGCAUGGUUGGUGAUGGACAAAGCAUGACUUUCAGCAGUGAUUCUGGAGAGGUGUGGAGAGCUCGACGCAGGCUUGCACAAAAUGCCCUCAAAACCUUUGCUACUUCCCCUUCACCCACAUCAUCAAGUUCUUGUCUUGUUGAAGAAAACAUUAUUACAGAAGCAGAAUAUUUAGUAAAGAAGUUCAUGCAAUUAAUUGAUGAGAAAGGAGAGUUUGACCCCUAUAGGUACGUGGUGGUCUCUGUUGCCAAUAUCAUCUGUGGCAUGUGCUUUGGUAAGCGAUAUAACCAUGAUGAUGAAGAGCUACUGAAUGUGGUGAAUCUUACUGAUGAGUUUGGUGCAGCAGCUGCUUCAGGCAACCCUGCAGACUUCAUCCCAAUUCUACAAUAUCUUCCAAGCUCUAGCAUGAAGGCCUUCAAGGAAAUCAACAGAAAGUUCAUAGACUUCAUGCAGAAAUUUGCCACAGAGCAUUACAAAACAUUUGACAAGAACCAUAUAAGAGAUAUUACUGAUUCACUCAUCCAACACUCCCAGGAGAAGAGAGUCGAUGAAAACUCAAAUGUUCAAUUAUCAAAUCAAAAAAUUGUGAAUAUAGUAAAUGACCUCUUUGGUGCUGGGUUUGAUACCAUUACCACUGCUCUCUCAUGGAGUCUCAUGUAUCUUGUGGCCCAUCCUAACAUACAAGAGAAAAUUCAGGAUGAACUCGAUCGGGUAAUUGGCAAAGAAAGACGGCCUAGAUUAUCAGACAGAGCUCAACUGCCCUAUACUGAAGCUUUUAUAUUUGAGAUGUUCCGACAUUCUUCUUUUAUGCCAUUCACAAUUCCACAUUGCACAACCAAAGACACAGUGUUAAAUGGAUAUUUCAUCCCCAAGGGAAUCUGUGUGCUGGUCAACCAGUGGCAAGUUAAUCAUGAUCCGAACCUGUGGAAAGAUCCAUCCAAGUUCUAUCCAGAGCGCUUCUUAAACACAGAUGGUACAAUGGUGAACAAAACAGAGAUGGAAAAAGUAAUGGUUUUUGGCUUAGGAAAAAGGAGGUGUGUUGGUGAAGCCAUUGGGAGAAUGGAGGUUUUCCUCUUCCUUACAACCAUGCUGCAGCAGAUGCAAUUCUUCAAACAAGAUGGAGAAAAACUGGACAUGUCUCCACAGUAUGGACUAACAAUGAAACACAAGCGAUGUCAUGUUACAGCUAAAUUGCGUUUUCCUUUGUUAACCACAAAUUAAAAAUUACCUUAGCAUGGUAGGAGCCCUUUUACAAAGCUCAGAUGAGUCUCAGCUUUGGUAUCUUAAACACAAAUGCUGGAAUUUGAUUUCUAGCCCUAAUCUUAGGAACUGAUGGGAUAUAUUUUAUAGAGUGUCAUUUAAUGUGAAUGAACAUGAUACCACCACAUUGUUAUCACUGAUUGCAUUAAGCUCUGAAAAUGUACAUAACUAGCUAACAAAAGAAUAGAAUAUUCUGAAAAAAAACUAUUUUGAUAUAUCUUAUUUUUGUGUGUUUGAAGGAUGCAAUGACAGUAAAAUGUAUUAGCAGAAUAACGAUAAACUGCUUUUAAUGGAUUCAUCUUCUCAGAAGUAGAAUCAUCUUUUAAUAAUCAUAGUAUAAUUAAAAUACAUAGGUGAUUAUGUAUAGCUAUGAAAUUAAGAAAUCUGUUGUUUGAAUGUAUAUACAUUUGACCUAUUUUGAUAAUUUUCUCUCUACCAUGAUACAUUUUUUUCUGUGCUAAAUGCUUAUUUAUGAAUAAAGGUGUGUGUUGAUAGGUACUUUUCCAUUAAUACAUUUUCAUCCUCCUUAUUUAAGCUAAAGAACAGGGAUGCAUGUACCCCUAUGUGCACAUUUUUUUAAUUGUAAAUGCAAAUGGCUCAAAACUAUCCACCCAACUAAUCAAUGCCCAUUUUUGUAGUGCUUCUCUGUGUGUAAUAGUGUUUCCAUAUUACUAGGAUCCUAAAUCAUUUUAGGAGUAAAUGUCAGCGAAGUUUAACAUUAUGAAAGAGGUCAAACAAGGAUAUAUCUACUUUAUAGUAAAGCCGGCAGCUUUGGAAGAUUUCUCUGCUUGUCAUCAUAGUCUAUGCUGAAUGUUUCCUGGGAGUGAAAUCCUUAUCCAUUCCUGACAAUAUUUUAUAGACUAUGACAAGAGGGAACAAAUGUUAGAUAGAUAAAUGUAGUUUAAGAUAUAAAUUUUGGGCUCAAAAAGUUCUAGUUACUUCCCUGCCCAGAAAUGGGGCAUCACAUGGAACCAAAAGUGCAAGGGGAAACAAAUAUAAUUGCACAAGUGUAUUAUAGGCAAGAGCAAAUGUACAAACUAUAGAAUGCUAUUUUUUCUAUAUGACAUUUAACAUCCAUUUUCUUUUGAGAAAUUUUUACAAUUAUAACAAGCAAAAUAUUUUAUUAAUCACACAUAAAAUUCCAUGUAAGUUGUAUUGUAUAUUGCUGUAGUCUCUGUGAGAUAAUAAAUAUUAUUUUUACAUU